AUGGUCAAGUGCAUCACAUACGAGCGGGGCAUCGACAAGGAGGGAAUCUUUCGUCUCUCGGGCAGUGCGGUGGCGAUCGAGGGGUUCAAGCGGGCGUUCAAUGAGGGCCAGGACGUGGACCUCAACAACUGCCUCGACAUCCACGUCGUGUGCGGUCUCCUCAAACAAUUCCUGCGAGAGCUGCGCGAACCCCUCCUCACCUUUGACCUCUACGACAUCUUCCUCGAAACCGGAUGCCAACUGGAGGCGGUGAAGAGUGUGCUGUCGCGAUUGCCCGAAGUCAACGUCCGAGUACUCAAGUACCUGCUCGGCUUCCUCUCCGAAGUGGCAUCCCACUCGGCCACCAACAAAAUGCCCAUGCACAACCUCGCCACCGUGUUUGCACCGAAUCUGCUGCGCAUGCGGGAAGAGAACAUCUUCAGAAUCGUGCAGGACACCCCGGCCGCCAACGCUCUCACCUCCUUCCUCAUCCAAAACUACCACUCGCUGUUCCCCGAGUCCGCAGGGAACGGAGCGACGCCAGCAGCCACCACAGGGGCAAGAUUUGCCGUGCCGGCGACCGCCACCGCCGCGACCACCACUUCGGCCGCUGCCGCGACCGACGACGACCCGGUGGACUACGUGAGCUACGUGCGGGUGGCCUACGCCUACGAGCCGCAGGACUCGUCCGAGCUCACGCUCAGCCCGGCCGACGUGCUGGGCGUGCUGCAGGACCACCAGAGCGGUUGGUGGAAGGGCGAGGUCCUGGACGCCACUACCCUGGCGCCCAGCGGCACGAUCGGCAUCUUCCCCGUCACCUACUGCGACCCCUACGAACCGCCCGCCACCACCCCACGCGCGAAGCCGUCGCAGCCGCAGCCGCAGCCGACGGUCGAGCAGACGCCCGCGGUCCAGCCGACGCCGCAGCCGUCGCCCAGGCCGCCGCGGUCGGGGUCGCCGCUGAUCUCGUCGAUGCCGGCCAGCGUAGGCAGCGGUAGUGCGGUGUCGCCCCGCGCGGCGAAUGGCAACUCGUCGGCAGCGGCGCUGACGUCGGGCGGGUCGGCCAUCACGCCCAGCACCGGGGUAAAGCGCCCCACCACACCGACCGGCGGCGGAUCGUUCAUUCUCCCGCCCGCGCGACAACAGCACACCACCGCCUCGUCAGGAGGGGCAGCAACGACGACGUCGCGGGCAGGCCUGGCCCCGACGGGUGGUCGAGGCAAGUUUUUGACCAUGCGAGCCCCGCCGCCGUUGACCCCGGCCGAGGCCCAGGCCCGCGAGGGGGCGGCGGGCGGGUGGGAAAAUGCGGCGUCCCCGCGGUCGCCGGCGGGCUCGCCCGGUUCGCAGACCAGAGGGCCGGCGUCGGCGUCGGCGUCGGGGGCUGCGGCUGCGGCUGCGGCGCGACCGUUGGUGCCUCCCAAGGAACUCAAGCCACGACUCAUCUCCACCUACGUCCCUGCCGGCGGUAGACGACCCAGCGAUGCGUCGUACGUUGUGUCAUAUGCUGUGUGCGUGUGCGUGUGUUGUGGGCGUCGUGAGUGCGGUGUGUCGCACGCGGUGCUGAUUCGGGGUGGUCGCGCGCUCCAGAUCGCUUGGGGGCAUCGACGCGAGCAAAACGCCGGUGGUGGUGGACUGGGAGAAGGAGGCGUGCCGACUGCGAGAGUUGCUGGAGAAGGAGCAGCAGGCGCGAAGUGA